UGGUCGAACUGAUUUAUGACAAAAGUUAAACAUAUGAGAAAAUCUCCCAGAGCAAAACCUCUUGAUAACCCAGCAUUCUCAGAUCAGAAUGAAAGCAUUCAGGCAGAGGAAGGGAUUUCUGAAUCUAUUAAGGACCACCACUCUCCAAACAAGACCCUCGCUUCAUAUAAUGGUCCGAGCUCUCUAAGCAAGAAAGACUGGAAUUCACUUCCCAAAGUGCAGUUUGCUGGCACCGAGUAUGGUUCAUAUUGCUCUCUGAAUAGCUUUUUGCAAGAUCCGGAAAUUGUAAGUGCGGAUUUGUUAAGCCAGGACUUCACUGGUCUUGGUUUCAACAUAUCAGGUAAUAUGAGAGAAGGGAUAUAUAUUGACGAGGUAAGAAACAGAGGACCAGCAAAGGAAUCAGGGAAGUUAAGAGCCGGUAAGUAGCCAAGAGUUUCACCAUUUCUAGCUGUUCUAUGAACAUACACAUGUUUUCAUAAUAAUGAUAAUCCUUUCUGUCUGCAAUAAGCACAAGGCCCAAAGUUUUAGGAGGGAUUAGUUGAUUACAUCGACCUCAAUACCCAACUGAUACUUGUUUUAUCAACCCCAAGAGGAUGACAGGCAAAGAUAACAACAGUGGAAUUUGAAUUCAGAACUUAAAACUGGAAGAAAUGCCACAAGACAUUUUCCCAAUCGCAGUAACAAUUGUGCCAGUUCCCCACCUUAUUAAUAAUAAUAAUCUGUCCAAUAUAGACACAAGUUCAAGAGUGUUGAGAGGAGGGGCAUGCCAAUUACAUUGAUCCCCAGUAUUUGACUUGACUGGUACUUACUUUAUUUACCUCGAAAUAAUGAAAAGCAAUGUUGACCUUGGCAGAGUUUGAGCUUAGCAUGUAAAGAGUCAGAAG